AAAUGUUGUUUUGGUCACACAAUUCUGACGAUGGGCGACACCGAUCAACUGGAUAAUCCAAUUGUUUUGGAUAUUGCCGCCUAUACUUUGACUGAGUAUGUUGCAGCUAAGCCACUGGAAAGCAAUCUUGAAGUGGUCUUCACCGAUGCAAAACAGUCUAAGCCAUGUGCUCAACCAGACUACGAUGAGAAGUUAAAGUUUCCAUUCAUACGUGAUAAUUACAAACCCACAGCUGUGCACAUAAUCGAUGCCCAAGAACUCGUGUCCGCCGAUGCAGCUACAGAAACCAAACGUGUAGUUGAGUUAACACUGGACCUGACACCGCUGGCUGAGCUGAACUACGAUCCCGGAGAUACACUGGCCGUGUUGCCCUGCAAUAAUUCUAAUGUGGUAGCGAAGCUACUGCAGCGCCUCAACUUGACUGAGCAAGCGGACAUCACUUGUUAUGUUCGAUUAGUUCCCAACUGUACUAAGAAGACUGCUAAAGUGCCCGUAUAUGUACCAACGUCAGCGACUCCUCGUGAGAUCUUCACAUUCUAUCUUAAUCUCCAUGGAGUGCCGCAGAAGCAGUUCCUCAGUGCGUUGGCCAAUUGUACCAGCGAUGUCAAGGAACGUGCUUUUCUGGACAGUCUUUCCGCCAAACAAGGCGUCGCUCAUUACCAAUCUCUAAUUUUGGAGCGCGGCGUAUGCUUGAUGCAGCUGCUCGACAUUUGCGGGAGCUGCAUGCCAACACUAGCGUUGCUAGUGGAGCAUUUGCCGCGCCUGCUGCCACGUCCUUAUUCUAUAGCCAACAGUCCUCUCAAAUACACAAAGCAACUGAGGAUCAUUUACUCAAUUCUUGACAAGAAACCUGGUGUAACAACUAGCAUGCUGGACACAAAACUGUCUCUAGUCAAGGAGCAGCAAGUGGCCAAGUUGUUUGUGUAUCCACGCACACAGAACAGCUUUCGAUUCACAGCUGCCGAGCUACCAGGCAAUCAAAUUCUAAUAGCAGUUGGCACAGCGCUUGCUCCAUUCCUUGGAUUUUUGGCUCACAAGGAGCUUAGUGAGUCAAAGAGCACCGGACAAACUUGGCUUUAUGUUGGGGCUAAAACACCACAAGCUGUUCUAAAGCAACAGCAACUAAGCCACUGGGAAGCAACUUCAGUGUUGCAACGUUUACGCGUUUGUUAUUCUCGAACUUCAACGGGCGAUGAACCAAAAUAUGUACAGGACUUGCUCGAAACAGAUGCAGCGGAACUUGUUGAUCUGCUACAACAACCAUCGACCGUGAUGUACAUUUGUGCUGAUGGCGCGAAAAUAUCCAAGUCCAUCGAGGAGACUGUGAGAGGCUGUCUGCAACGUGUCCUGCAACUGGAUGGGAGGGCGGCGUUGGAAAAGAUAAAGGAGCUGCGUUCGCUGGGCAAAUAUCGCGAAGAUAUUUGGCUAUAGACACUGACAAAUUGCUUACCAUAUUGUAGAUAAACAUAUUUUCUAUGUUGUCUUCAAAGAAAUCGACAUUCACCAGUUUGAUGGCAUUCCUAUCUUAUAACUUCGAAAUGUACCACUUUUGGUAUAAAUAUACCAACCAUGGUACAAUUGUACCACUUUUUAAACCAAUGAAACCAGAUGCUGUAACAUGUACCCUUCUAAUUAUCCAACAACUUCAAAUGUAACGUUAAUCUUAUACAAAUUUAAAAGCAUUUCCAAUUGCUUGAUGUAACAACACUUGGGGGUGUAGUAAAAGAAUAAAGUGCUUUGGUCGAAUAAGUAAAUAACGAUAUAUUUAACAACACAAAAUAAAAAUGACAGUGCAAACUAAAGUAAUACAUACAAUUGUGCGUAUAAAAUUGUAAAUCACUGUACGGAAGCGAUCUUCUGACAGCGGUUAAUUUAAUAAUAAUCGUAGUGGGUGUGCGUAUAGAGUCUAUAUAAUAGAUUAUAACUAAAUAUAUAUAUUGUAUUUAUAUAUGUAUACUCAAUUUCUCAUACUAUCAGCUCAUCAGUGUUUUGUAAAAUAAAUGUUUAAUAAUAAAUUGCAAAAAUAAUUUGAAUUAUUACAAUUAAAAUAUGUGUAUAGAUAAAUGUAAUGUACGAUUACGACUUAGUUAUGCAAAGUAAAUUGCAAAAAAUGCAUUCAACUUAUUGUGUGUGUGUUUGUCGAAUU